AUGGCUCACGAACAUUCCUCCACACGAUUGGUGUGGAGUGAUCUAUGGCAAGAAAAGCCUGUCUUGUACACCACACUGAAGUUUACCACAAUCAUCAACAACACCCUUCUCUCCCUCCUCCUUAUCGCGGUUUACUCUGUAGUCUACGACACAUUUUGCUUCUGGGUCACCCGACGAACUCGCCAGAAAUACCAUUACCAGAUUGCCGACAGCACAACUGGAAAUCCAGUAGCCAAACCCCUGAGCAAACUCGUCCGCAACACCCAUGGCUCCCCUAUGACGGUUGCUACCAAAGCUAUACUUCACUCCGCACCCUUCGCCUGUGUCCAGUACAUGACUUCGCAGAGCAUCAUACAUAUAGCGCGAUGGAUAGCGUCUGUUUCUAUGACGAAUAAGAAUAUGAAGCGACGGUGUAGCCGCCUGCUCGACAGGGGGAUUGAAUGCUCUGCUGUACUUCGCUACUACACUCCUCUCAACGUUGCAGCCGCCGCCAUUCUUCUAUGCAUCAUUCGCGGCUUCCAGCUACACGUUCAGUCGCCCAAGCGUCGAGUUCAAGAUAUCAACUACAGCCCUGGCUUUUUGAAAUUUCUCUCCACUUGUCGACACAUUGCCCAAAUGAUCCUCGCCUUACCAAUUGCAGUUGUUCACAUGUACACUCACAUUUCAACAGAGACACCGUGGAAGUACCUGAAGCUACUAAUUUUCCAGGCGUCUGCUUCAUGGGCCAUCUUUGUUGCAGGAAAUUUGAUAUGUUUGCUUGCUGCACUACCCGAUUUCCAAGGUACUAUGGAGGCACUAGAAGAGUCGGGAAUCACAGGUAGUAGAGGAUAA